CCAGUGACCCCGGAGUGAGGAGGGGGGCGGCUCAGUCAGUGCAAAGUGUCCCCACAACGCCCCCGGCUGGGUCUGCGGCUCCCCCCACCCCUGAGCCAGUGCCAGUGGGGGGAGCGGCGGCGGAGCGGCCGCCGGUCCCGUCCCCCUCAGGAGGAGACAGGCUCAAGCUGCCUCAGGGGAGACUUGCAAGCUGUGAAUCUGAAGGAGACGAUACAGACAGUAAGAAAAAGUGAAAGUAGUACUCAAUAUAAAAGUGAUAAUCCACCUUCACUCUUCUCUCAUAUCCCAGGCCAUCUCUGCAUGUCCACCCUUGUCUGGAUGUUUGUGGAACCCUUUCUUGUUGGUUCUAGUGACUCAUUUAUGGGUAGCAGCUUGUUUGAAAUGUUAUAUGGGCACACAAGAUUAUGUAUAACGAGGAACAUGAAGAGUAAAACACACAUCAAAAACAGCGACAGCUUCCUGUAAGGUGACUAGUGUGACUGCAUGACACUUUUGUAAGAAGCAGACUCAGCUAGGAUGUUACACCAUCACUGUCGGAGGAACCCUGAACUACAGGAAGAGUUGCAGAUUCAGGCUGCAGUAGCUGCUGGGGAUGUUCACACCGUGCGCAAGAUGUUGGAACAGGGCUAUUCUCCAAAUGGUCGAGAUGCCAAUGGCUGGACCUUGCUUCAUUUCUCUGCAGCAAGAGGGAAAGAGAGAUGUGUUCGUGUAUUUCUUGAACACGGAGCUGAUCCCACAGUUAAGGACUUAAUUGGAGGCUUCACCGCUCUGCAUUAUGCUGCCAUGCAUGGCCGGGCAAGGAUUGCACGCUUGAUGUUGGAAUCAGAAUAUAGAAGUGACAUUAUCAAUGCAAAAAGCAAUGAUGGUUGGACUCCCCUCCAUGUAGCAGCCCACUAUGGCAGAGACUCAUUUGUCAGACUCCUGCUGGAGUUCAAGGCUGAGGUUGAUCCGCUCAGUGAUAAAGGUACUACACCGCUUCAGUUAGCCAUUAUCCGAGAGAGGUCAAGCUGCGUGAAAAUCCUUCUGGAUCACAAUGCCAACAUCGACAUUCAAAAUGGUUUCCUGUUACGAUACGCUGUGAUCAAAAGCAAUCACUCUUACUGCCGAAUGUUUCUUCAGAGAGGGGCGGAUACAAACUUGGGCCGCUUAGAAGAUGGACAGACACCAUUACACUUGUCUGCUCUUAGAGAUGAUGUGCUUUGUGCACAAAUGUUAUAUAAUUAUGGAGCAGACACUAACACAAGGAACUAUGAAGGACAGACCCCAUUGGCUGUUUCAAUAAGUAUUUCUGGAAGUAGCCGACCCUGUCUGGAUUUCUUACAAGAAGUAACAAGACAGCCCAGAAACUUGCAAGAUCUAUGCCGAAUUAAAAUCCGCCAGUGUAUAGGCCUUCAAAACCUAAAACUGCUUGAUGAACUACCCAUUGCCAAGGUCAUCAAAGACUAUUUAAAACACAAGUUUGAUGAUAUCUGAUAUCCAUGAAGAAAAGAACUCUGAGCAAGCUUAGUAAUAUUCCAGAUACUUAAAGAGGCUUGUUGCCUUGCACAAAGUAUAUCCUAUGCAAAUUCUGAUUUUUCUGUAAGUCAGAAGGCAGGUAUACACUUCCUUGGGUUUUUUAUACCACAUGCUAGAAGGUCUUAAUUUUUUGGUUUCUUGGUCCAAGUUUACAAGGUCCAAGCUUUCUAUACAAUAUUACAUUUUAAAAAUUUGUUGUCGUUUUUUUUUAAAUGAGGCGUGCAGAUUUGCAAUGGAAAAUAGCAUAUUCAAAGGAAGUGAUUGGUUCUGAUUGGCAUGCAUAGUAUUGUAAGCCAUCUGAGCGAUUGUUAAACAAAAUGAGGUUUGGAGACUAAGGCACCAGUCCUGCAAAGGGACCCAUGUGGGCAGACCUUUAUGUCCACACAGUCUCUUUGAUUGAUGGGACUUUGUGUAGGUGUAAACCUCUGCCCAUGUGUAUCAUUUUGAGAAUAGUAACCAUGGUUUCUUGGGACAUACUGUACAAAUGCCAUGUGGAAACUUUUUAAAAAUGCAGUCACCCUGUUCAAUUUUAAAAUGUAUAAGUUGGCUCUUUUUAUACUGUUCUUUUCCUAAUUCCUGUAGUUUGGAUGUCCAUAAAUCCAGGAUCUCUGCUUUCCUGAUAUUCUCUGUAAGUGGGCUAUUGUUUGUAACUAUAUUUUUAACAGUGACAGUACACUGCACAGAGUCAUACAGUCUCUAUUUUUUACAUUAAGUUAAGGGGAAACAAGUUUAGAUUUUGAAGCCAAUGUAUUCUGUUUCUCAUACAGUGCCUCCUGUGCAAUAAUCUUUCUAAUGUAUUUUGUCCAUGAUUGUGUGACUUUCGCACCAUUUCUUACUUAGCCUCAAUGCAUCAUUUGUGAAAAUAGGAACUGCUGCUUUAUUGUAGCAUUGAUGCAGAAAUGCUAUAAUGAUGUGUCAGUUGCUGUUACAAUCCCUGAAUUUGUUGAAUGUAUAACUUGGCUGUUUUAUUUCCCUUUGAGAUGAAAUUUUGCAUACAGCUUGUUAGGCCAGAUCUCUCUUUAAAUUGCUAUUAUUCAGCUAAGUCAUUUUUAUUUUAAAGGGGUUAAAAAAUUUUUUUGUUGCAUUCAAAUGUUUUUGAUUUGCUUGAAGUUGACUAGGAUGUAGUCUCCAUUGAUAAGUGCACAUAACCCCCAUUAAUUUGGGUGUUCCUUGUGCACUGACAAGAAAACAGUCCCCUUAGCAUUAGAAGCUUAAAUUUUGCAAACACUAAGUGGGUGGUUCUUAACCUGAAACCGGCAAGUGAUUUCAGUAGUUAAAUUUUCCUUUUUUGUUUUCAUCAUAAGCAUUAAUAAAGAGCCUGUUCCUAGUUGUCAAUGGAAAUAGAAGGCCUCAGCACCAAACAGAAAUGGGCCAAAAUGUGCAACCAUUUCACUGUUUUCAUUUUCAAGGGAUUAUGGAGUCAGUAUAAAGUUCUUGCUGAUGUUUUCUACUCCUGCUUUGCCAUUGUAGUGGCUCCAAAAGAGACUUUAUAAUAUCAGCAGUUCUCUCAUACUAGUGAUCUCAAUGGAAGCUGGGAGAUUGGGGAAACCAUGUUGACUCUUCGUUUUUUCACACUGUCCCUUUCAAAAUGUUACAUAAUUUUUUUUUUU